UCACUUGGUGUGUACAGAUGUGCCUGGGAGACAUUAUCAUCACAUUCUCUGUUGUUACCUGUGAUGCAUUUUCCCCCCUCUUCACUUUCAAGGUGAAUUUUAAUUCCUAAAGAUUCCCCACUGGAAACAAACAUGCACCAAUGCAUUCUGUGGUUCUGGCAAUUGGGGCAGAUGGCUCACAUUCAUUUUAGGGUUAGUGGUCAUGUUGUUUACUUUACUCUAGCUCUAGAAAGUUCCUCUCAGGGGUCUUUCUCAUAAUACAGCCAAAUGAAUAGAGAUUUUACUGUAAGGGGUCUCCUAGCCUUGAGUUGAACAUUUAUUUGGAUUUUUGGAGGCAGUCAAAUCAAGUAAUGCUCCCAAAUGAUGACUUUGUAAAUUCAUACCCUCUGGCCCUAUUUUUUUUUUCCCCAAAGACCCUAACUCUAACUUUUCUGCUUUUAAGCAAAGUAAACUCGGUGGCCUCUUCUUCUCCGCCCCUCAACAUGAUAGCAAUCUCUGCUGUCAGCCAUGCGCUCCUGUUCUCCCUUCUCUGUGAAGCAAGUACCGUCAUCUUACUCAAUUCCACUGACUCAUCCCCGCCAACCAAUAAUUUCACUGAUAUUGAAGCAGCUCUAAGCGCACCACUAGAUUCUACGGAUCUCCCCAAAGCCAGGCGGAAGCGCUACAUUUCGCAGAAUGACAUGAUCGCUAUUCUUGAUUAUCAUAAUCAAGUUCGGGGCAAAGUGUUCCCACCGGCAGCAAACAUGGAAUAUAUGGUUUGGGAUGAAAAUCUUGCAAAAUCUGCAGAGGCUUGGGCGGCUACUUGCAUUUGGGAUCAUGGACCUUCUUACCUGCUGAGAUUUUUGGGCCAAAAUCUGUCUGUCCGAACUGGCAGAUAUCGUUCUAUUCUCCAGUUGGUCAAGCCAUGGUACGAUGAAGUGAAAGAUUAUGCUUUUCCAUAUCCCCAGGAUUGCAACCCCAGAUGUCCUAUGAGAUGUUUUGGUCCUAUGUGCACACAUUAUACACAGAUGGUUUGGGCCACUUCCAAUCGGAUAGGAUGUGCAAUUCAUACUUGCCAAAACAUGAAUGUGUGGGGAUCUGUAUGGCGCCGCGCCGUGUAUUUGGUAUGCAACUAUGCCCCAAAGGGCAACUGGAUUGGAGAAGCACCAUAUAAAGUAGGAGUGCCGUGUUCAUCCUGUCCUCCGAGUUACGGGGGAUCUUGUACUGACAAUCUGUGUUUUCCAGGAGUAACGUCAAACUACCUAUAUUGGUUUAAAUAAGCUUACCUUUUUUCUCCAGGAAAUGUCAUGGUUUCUGGGAAUCAUAAGCAUAUAUAUAUAUUGAAUUUUGCACAUAUUAUACAUAUUUUAUAAUGAUAAACUUGUUUCUUUUUAGUAUUCAUUUGUAUAGUAUUUUUCUAGUAUGUUGUUUAAUCCUU